AUGGCUCGUAAGCGUAAGGGCCAGUCCCUUAACGACUGCCCCAAGGAUCUUAACGACAUCCCUUACAUCCGCUGGAUGAACCAGCAGAUCGCCAACGGCCGUCAUCCGACUGGCUUGUCCGCGCCGCCCGCGCUUGACGGGCAGGGUUCUGGUGCACAGUCGCCCAGCGCGGGCCCCUCACGUGUGCGUCGUCAGCCUGCAAGGACGGCGGCAACUGUGCGGCCCGUCAUGGAGCAGGAAGUCGACGACGAUGAUGAGGAGUACCGCGGCGACGAGGAGGACGAGCCUGAGGACCUUGGGAUGUCGGACGACGAUGACGACGACGAUGACGGCGACGAUGACGACGCCGACGACGACGCGGAGGAGGAAGCGCAACCUGUUGCACAGCCGCCGAAACGGGGCGCCGCUCGCGCCUUAGGGACGGACAAAGGCAAAGGCAAGGCGGUUGAUCCACCGCCACGACAGGAGCCCCGGAAGAAGCGGUCUGCUGCACCAGUCAAAAGGGGCUUAUGGGCGGAUAAGGAAAGCGCUAUCUUCGCCGCCGCGCGUUGGUUCAUGAAAGACGAGCUCGAGCCGCUCAAGGGGUCGAACCCGGGUUGGUGCCAGAAUGUCAACGCGUUGCAAAAGCAGUGGCGCAACCUGAUGCUGCUUUGGCAGGAGUACAAGCGUGGUGAUGGUGGUUCGGGCAACGGUUAUGUGGAGAAACCGCCAUGGUGGCCGUAUCUGGAGCUGUUCAACAAGGACACCGCCGCUGCCGCACCGCAUGCGGUGGAUGGCGGCGGCGCCACUAACGUCAACGUGCCGGCCGGCAUGGAGGUCCCAAGUGCCUCUCAGCUAGAGAUGUCGACACCGACCUUUACAGCACCGCCGCCUCAGCCCACGGGAACACCCAAGCGCGCGCGGGUUCAUGAAACGGCUACUAUGCAAGCCGCCAUGCUUGUCUCCGCGACCAUCAAAGAUUGUCACGGUGACGCGAUGACGCGCAUAGAGGGUCUCGUCCGUGAAUGGAUGGCGCAGGACAUGCGCCUUGCACGCGAGCGCAUGACUGAAUCGGCCCCACCGGAUGUGCACCGUGCGACGACGGAUUUCAGCCCUCCUCCGCCACGCGGGGAGUCCGCGCCACCCCCCGGAGCCGCCCAGCCGCGCGACGAUGUUGGCGACGUCAACCCACAGCGCAUGGCGUUGCCGCCGUACUCUGGCUCGGUGACGGCGGUUCUCCCCGGUAUCGUCCCCAAGAGAAGAGGACCGCUCGUCGGCGUCUUCGAGCACACCGGCAUCAAUCAUGCCGACGAAGGACUUGGCAACACUUUCGUAAAAAAUGGUGUAGUAGUAGGUGACCCAUGCGACGAGUAG